CUUGCAUAAUUAACGCAGGCUUGCAGUGGGCAGUGACGCAGAGUCUGAGACUUUCCUCGUAAUUUAUCAAAAAUAUCGCUUUAUUCGCCGGAACGGAGUAAUUACUUUAUUCCCAUUCAAGCUUCUCAACUCUGUAACGCAGUGCCGGAUCAAAUCCAUGUGAUUUCGUUUGUUCCAGACAGGACAAGCCCUCUUACAUGUGGAUAUUGAUGUGGUAGGGAAUAAAUAAAGAUGCCGCAGCCGAAAUCGCGCAAGAUCGCCGUCCUGGGCUACAGAUCCGUCGGGAAAUCUUCCUUGACAAUACAGUUUGUGGAAGGCCAGUUUGUCGACUCCUACGACCCCACUAUUGAAAACACGUUUACGAAAAUGAUCACAGUGAACGGUCAGGAGUAUCACCUGCAGCUAGUCGACACAGCUGGACAGGACGAAUACUCAAUUUUCCCUCAGACCUACUCCAUAGACAUCAACGGUUACAUUCUGGUGUAUUCAGUCACAUCAAAUAAAAGUUUUGAAGUAGUAAAAGUCAUCCAUGAAAAAUUGUUGGAUAUGGUGGGAAAAGUACAAGUACCCAUAAUGCUGGUGGGCAAUAAGAAAGACCUUCACAUGGAACGUGUCAUCAGUUGUGAAGAAGGCAAAGCUUUGGCAGAAUCGUGGAACGCAGCGUUCAUGGAGUCCUCAGCCAAAGAGAAUCAGACGGCGGUGGAGGUGUUUAAGAGGAUAAUCCUGGAGGCAGAGAAGAUGGAUGGUGGUGCUCCACAGGGCCGGACGCCCUGCUCUAUGAUGUAGAUAACCCCGCCCUCCUCCCAGCCUGACCCCGCCCCCUCUCCCACAGUCUGCCCCGCCCACCGGAGAACCAGCACAAACUUUUCUAGCAAGCAUGUUUGUUUCUGGCUGGUGUUUGGGGUUCACUGAGCAGCUGUGCUUUUGUGUUUUGGUCUAGUUUACGGUUAAGACUCGGUUAGCUGUAGGAUUAACUGAUUUGAACAGGGUUAAGGACACUUAAUAUGAAAUGUUUGCUAGAAAAGUCUGUUUACAGAGCCCUCCUGCCCCGGCCCGCACCACAGCACUGGACACUGGGAUAUCCCUCUACUUGAAGUGGCUAACUGCCUGUUUUCCUGCAUAGACAUUUUCUUUUAAACCUUUUUUAUACUUCAUUUUAUUUUAAUUUUUUAGUUGUAAUAUUUUUUUUCUUUUAUUUAUUCAGAAUCUUUUUGUGACAUACAUGAAUAACACACACUCCCUCUGCUUCAUGUCCUUUUUGCGUCUUCAGCCUUAUGUCUCCAUUCAGCUCUUCUCUACCUCUCAUCUUCCUCUCUGUCCCAAACCCUCUGGAAUUUGUAUAUCGUGUUUCUUAAACGGUAAAUAUGGCCAAUAAAGUUGGCAGCAUUCAUUCAGUAGUGAAUGUUGUUGGACUUUUUUUGAUUGUAAUCAUUAAACGCAGCAUUUUGUUUCACUA